AUGUCAUCCUACUCGUCCUUGUCCUCAGACGACUCAUUUUUAGAUGAAAAACCGAAAGAUAUUGUAUUUUUCUCGCCGAUUGAGACUUCAACUCCUACAAAAUCGAUGAAAAAAACUGUAGAGAUUAAGGAUUUGUCGCCGAUACUCCGUGGAGCACCCACUCGUAUCGAGAGAUGUUUCCAGAGAUUCGUUCAAGUGUCGGUCGGAACCAAAAUGUUCGUCGACGAUGCGUACAAGUUUUUUAGCAACUUGGUUUUGCCUCAAAAGACUUCGGAUCUUCUUUCCGAUUCCAGUCUUGAGAGUGAAGAAGAGACAUGCUCGGAGUCUGAAAGUUAUUCGGAGUCAGAAGGGAGUCGUUCGUCCUCAAACAGUGAUGGAUAUGAUGCGAAUGACGAAGAUAGUCAUUAUUUGAAAGUGGAAAUGGAAGAAGAAUCGACAUUGUACGUCUCGAUCUCUUCUGAAGAGGAAGAAGGAUACGAUGCCGAUGAAGAAGACGAGUAA